AUGGCCGAACAAGAGAGCUCGACAGCUCAGGCCCCACCUGCGAACUGGGAUCCCGAAAGGGGAGAUGCUGAAAGAAAAGUGAACGGCGCCCGGGCGGAUCGCAAUCCCCAUCAGGCCUAUGUGUCACAGGUGCAAGAUCCCAAUGCGCCCCGUCCCCACCUGUCCACUGUGUCACAGGUGUCCCGCCCUGAGUUUAUGAAGCUGGCAAACCCGGGUCCCCUUGGUUUGCUUGCAUUCGCGAUCACAACUUUUAUAGUUGGUCUUUACGAAUGCGGUGCUGGACUUCCUAACUCAAACCCCCAAGGCAAUGUCGGUCCCAACCAGGCUUCUUUUGGAACUGUGGUGUUCAUGGGUGGAACCGCUCAAGUUCUUGCUGGACUGAUGGAAUUUCGUGUCGGCAACACCUUUGGUGCCACGCUUCACACCUCUUACGGUGCAUUCUGGCUGAGCUAUGGAAUGUUCUCUCUGCCAGAGAUCGGUAUCAAAGCCGCCUACAAUGGUGACAUGAGGGCAUAUAGUUUUGCUCUCGGAAUUUACCUCAUCAUGUGGGGGUUUUUGACAUUUUUGUUUCUCUUGGCCGCGCUCAAGACGAACGUCGCUAUCCUGCUCGUCCUAUUCUUCCUGUUCCUUGCCUACUUCUUUCUGUCCCUUGCCAACUUCACUCUUACUGAACAUGCCACUGCCAGCCUACAUCUGAACAAAACAGGUGGGGCUUUUGCCGUUAUCUGCGCGGCCUGUGCGUUCUAUGCUGGCGCGUCCGGUCUCAUGCAACCCGAAACCACCUGGAUCCGCUUCCCACUCGGCGAGAUCCCGGUCGAAUAA